GAAAAGGAGAAGGAGGGAGUCGGGAGGAGGCGUGCAGCUGCAGACAGAUGCAGUUCCAGCAGCAGGCUGCAGCUCUGUGCUGACUCCCACAUAAGAGAAGGAAGCUGGUCAGACUUCCUCAGACUCGUCUCUUUCAUGUCCACAUCUUUUUAAAGCCAGCAGACAGACGUCCCUCUGCAUCUGCAGCUCAGAUGCUGAGUUAUUUUUGCAGCUAGUCUGAGAUUCACAGCUUUUUUACUUGACUACGUCCGCUCAGUUGGGUCCUCUCAGUUUGGAGACAUGAGGUCUGAGCUGCUGGUGGUCUGGGUCGGGGUGACCCUCUGCUGGGCCCUGAUCUGUGCUGAAGAACAUGUGGAGGAGAAGCAGCUGUCCACUGACCAGGCCGGGAUGAGAGAGGCCAGAGGACCGGUCAAACCUGGAGGACCAGGAGACGUGGAGUUGUCUGAUGACCCAGCUGAGGUUAAAGAAGACGAGAAGACAAAACCAAAGAAGAAGAAAACACCUGAGGAAAUCGAAGCAGCCAGGGCAAAGAAGGCCGCAGAAAAAGAGGCUAAAGCAAAGAAACAGAAAGCUCCAAAGCCUACUAAGAAGCCAAAACCACCAAAACCCACCAAAAAACCAAAACCACCAAAGCCAACAAAGAAGCCAAAGGCGCCAAAGCCCAAAACUACCACCACAGUGCAGCCGGACCGCCAGCCUCUCUCUGUGGAGCAGGAAAAGGAGAAACUCAGCCUGGACACGUUAAAUCAACUUGUGACCCCAAAGUCAGAUCUGAACCCGAUAAAGCCUGGAGAACCAGAACUGAACCUGAAGGAGCCUGUGGAACCAGACCUGACCACAGUGAAGCCCGUAGACCCAGAGUGGACCCUGGAGGAGCCAGUGGAACCGGGCCUGGAUGUUAAAAAGAAGACAGAAAUCACAACUACUGAAGUCAUCAUGUAUAUACCAGAGGAAACCACGGCCCCAUACGCAGGUCCCUGGUAUGAGGACUAUGACUACACUGACUUGGCUCUGAAGAAACAAGAAGAGGAGGAGGAAAGAGCUCGGAAAGAGAAGGCAGACAAAGCUGAGCGGAUGAAGAAGAAGUGGGAGGAGGAAGAAGAGGAGAGACUGAAGCAGACUUCAGUAGCAGCUGAGCCAAAAAUCUGUCCUCCUCUGGGCCUGGAGUCUCACCGGGUGGAGGAUGACCAGCUUCAGGCUUCGUCUCAGUCUCACCAUGGCUUCUCGGCUCAGAGGGGUCGACUCAACAUGCAGAGCUCUGAGAAUGAGAACGACCUUUACGGUGGUGCCUGGUGUGCAGAGCCUGAAGAAAAGGACCACUGGUUUCAGGUGGAUGCUCGCAGAGAAGUGGAGUUCAGUGGUGUUAUCACUCAGGGAAGGAAUUCAGACCAGCAUGAGGAUUUUGUGUCGUCCUACUUUGUGGCCUUCAGUAACGACAGCCAUGAUUGGACGGUGCUUCAUGAUGGCUACGCUGAAUGGCUGUUCUAUGGGAACGUGGAUAAGGACACGCCGGUGAUGAGUCAGUUUGCCGGUUCUGUGGUGGCUCGGUACAUCCGGAUCCUGCCUCAGAGCUGGAACGGCAGCCUGUGUCUGAGAGCUGAGGUCCUGGCCUGCCAGCUGCCCAGCAGCUAUCAGAGUGAAAAUGAGGUUGAUCCCUCUGACGACCUGGACUUCAAGCAUCACAACUACAAAGACAUGAGACAGAUGAUGAAGAUGAUUAACGAGGAGUGUCCCAACAUCACCAGGAUCUACAACAUCGGUAAAAGCUCCCAGGGUCUGAAGAUGUACGCCAUGGAGAUCUCCGAUAACCCAGGAGAGCACGAGACUGGCGAGCCAGAAUUUCGCUACACAGCUGGCCUCCAUGGCAAUGAGGCUCUGGGUCGAGAGCUUCUCCUGCUGCUGAUGCAGUUCUUGUGCAAAGAGUAUAACGAUGAAAACCCGAGAGUGCGCCGCCUGGUGGACGGAGUGAGGAUCCACUUGGUGCCCUCGCUGAACCCUGAUGCAUACGAGCUGGCCUACGAGAUGGGCUCAGAGAUGGGGAACUGGGCCCUGGGUCACUGGACUGAAGAAGGUUACGACAUCUUUCAGAACUUUCCAGAUCUCAACAGCAUCUUGUGGGGAGCUGAGGACAGAGGCUGGGUGCCCCGCGUGGUGCCCAAUCAUCACAUCCCCCUUCCAGAAAACUUUCUUAAUGGUUCUCUUGCAGUCGAGACAAAAGCUAUUAUUUCCUGGAUGGAGCGAAACCCAUUUGUGUUGGGCGCCAACUUGCAAAGUGGAGAAAAAAUGGUGCUUUACCCUUUUGACAUGCAGCGUCCACCGAUUUCUCUGACUGACAGCCGGCGUUGGAGAGUUAAUUCUGAGAUGAGCGAGGAGACCUGGGCUCGGAUUCAGCGUCAGAAUGAAGGAGCUCUGAGGGAGACUCCUGAUGACGCCAUGUUUCGCUGGUUGGCCAUGUCCUACGCCCACAGCCACCUGACCAUGACGGAGACGUACCGAGGCUCCUGCCAUGGUGAUGAUGUCACCGGAGGCCAAGGCAUCAUCAACAGAGCCAGCUGGAAGCCAGUGGUUGGAAGUAUGAACGACUUCAGCUACCUGCACACCAACUGYUUCGAGGUGACGGUGGAGCUGUCCUGUGAUAAGUUUCCUCAUGUCAGUGAGCUUUCCGCUGAGUGGGAGAACAACAGGGAGUCUCUCCUGGUUUACAUGGAGCAGGUUCACAGAGGGAUCAAAGGUGUCAUCAGGGACAAACUCACAAAGAAAGGAAUUGCAAAUGCCAUCGUCAAGGUGGAGGACCAUGACCAUGACAUCCGAUCAGCUGCUGAUGGGGACUACUGGCGUUUGCUGAACCCUGGUGAAUACAAGGUCGUCGUUUGGGCCGAAGGUUACAUCCCAUCCAUGCGCCGCUGCCACGUGGGCRUGGAGCCACGUCCCACAAUCUGCGACUUCACCCUCACCAAGACGCCGCUGCAGAGACUGAAGGAGAUUCGAGCCAAAGGGGGCAAGAUCCCUCGGGACCUCCAGCUGCGGCUCCGUGCUCUCAGACUCCGUAAGCUACGCGCCAGCACCAAAGCCAUCAACCAGCGCAGGGAGCGCCAGCGACUACAGAAGAGGAGAGCUCGCUCCUCCUGAGCCUGGACAGAAUUUAAAUGGACAGCACCAGGAGCCAGAAGUCUGAAGCACUAAAAGCGGCACAUUUUAAAAACCAUCAGCUGAGCCAAAACAACAGAAGAAAAUACAGGUUUCCUGUUUUCAGACACCAACACGACUUGUUUAUGUACUGAACCUUUAAAGGCACUACUUCCAUUGUUAAUUCUGUCUAAAUAGUUCUUAUUUUGUCUGUUGACUGAGUGGAGAGUUUCUCUGUCAGCUGGUCUGAUAGUUCACACUUUUCUUUUCAUUUUUUUACUGACUAAAGUCCAAGAGGACCUCAACUUUUCAAAWAAAUGUGAUGUUUAAUGUUA